CCAUACUCAAAAUGGCAACCAAAGGAAAAGAAGUAGAAACUGCGGGUCGUGAUGCCACGCCCGCGAACCCCCGAGGUAUCCCCCAAGCGCCCUUCGUCGACAAGGUCGAGGACUAUGUCACGUCUCGCGCGGACGUCGAGCCCACCCUGAGGCGGUUCCAAGAGUUGAUUGCCAAGUACCAGUUCAUGGAGCAGAACCUCCAGCGACGAGUGGUGGGGUUGAAGGAUAAGAUGCCGGAUAUCCAGAAGACAUUGGACACGGUGCGGUUCCUGCAGAUGAGAAAGGACGAAUCAGACCCAAUCGAAACCACAUUCGAGCUCAACGAGACUCUCUACGCCCAGGCCAAGAUCCCACCCACCGACGAGGUGUACAUCUGGCUCGGCGCCAACGUCAUGCUGUCGUAUCCCAUUGAGGAGGCCGAGCAGCUGCUUGACUCGAAGCUCAAGGCGGCGACGCAGAGCUUGCAGAACUGCGAGGAGGAUCUGGAUUUCUUGCGAGAGCAGAUUACGACGAUGGAAGUUGCGGUUGCGAGAGUGUACAACUGGGACGUUGUGCAGAAGAGGAAAGAGAAGGAGGAAGAGGAGAAGACAAAAGGAAAGAAGAGCGAGACGGCGUCGGACGGUUGAAGAGGAGAUUAGGUCAAUACAGAAAGCGAGGACAUAAUGCACCAUCACGAAAUGCCAUGGCAACGAACGACGGUUGAAGAAUGUCCGGAAUAGCGAGGCAGGCCGAGGCUGCUGGCCGCGAUCAUGUGAGACGAGGUUCACGACGGCUUGGUAAGUUGGACAUGAUUUGAAAACAACAAUUUAACGAACGACACCUCACAGAUAUUCUGCGUUGUAUUACGCUCAGUAACAUUUUGUUCACGAGAUAAAAGAACAAGGGCCACGCAAGCGGUUUGUCGUGUUGAAGAGACUGGAGUGGGACUGGCGAGAUGAGGUUCGCUCUGGCCUGGGUCAAGGCUACAACCGCGAGAGAUUAAAGAGGAUUUGAGUUUGGCGGCCUCCAACGACGACAGCCUCAUGAUCAAGGCACGAUGAUGACUUUUUAUAUUUCUCGCCCGGGUUCUUGGUUGUCAUGGAAGUUACUGUCUAUUACUUAGCUACACGAGAGAUCGCUGCUCUGGCUCAGUGUUUAGAUUGUCACGAUACCUGCCGCAA